AUGUCUCUCGGACGAACAUUCAAGCUAAAUACGGGUUAUGAAAUCCCCGCGGUUGGGCUGGGAACAUGGCAAUCGAAACCAAACGAGGUUAAGCAAGCUGUUGCUGCGGCCCUGAAGGGCGGUUAUCGUCAUAUCGACGCUGCCUCGGUCUAUGGUAAUGAGCGCGAAGUCGGUGAUGGUCUUAAGGCAUCCGGUGUCCCCCGAGAAGAGAUCUUUCUCACUAGCAAACUAUGGAACACCGAUCACGAUCCCGAGAACGUUGAAGCUGCUGUGGAUCGUUCAUUGAGCGAUUUGCAAACAGACUAUCUUGAUCUUUAUCUGAUCCAUUGGCCAGUCGCGUUCCAUCAUUCAUUGACAACCGUUCAGCCGGUCGAUGAGAAGACGGGCCUCAUCGACGUAAUCGACGUUCCGAUCCAAGAUACUUGGACGGCUAUGGAGGCACUCGUGGCAAAAGGCAAGGUUCGAUCGAUUGGAGUCAGCAACUUUACCAAAGAGAAAAUCGAAGAACUACUCAAGACCAAAGAUCCAACCUGCUGUGAAUCAAAUCGAAGCCCAUCCCUACCUCCAGCAAAGGGACUUGUUGGAAUGGGCAUUGUCGUGACAGGAUACUCUCCCCUCGGCAAUAACAUUUACAACAUCCCUCGAGCUGUCGAUGAUCCUCGUGUGAUUGAAACCGCCAAGUCUCUAGGCAAAACCCCUGCGCAGGUCCUUGUCAGCUGGGCCGUACAGCGAGGAACGGUGGUUCUUCCAAAAUCGGUCACCCCGGAGAGAAUCCAAAGUAACUUUGAAGACUUUAUCCUUCCCGAGGAUGCGUUUCAGGCUGUUCAGUCCUUGGAGAGACAUCAACGCCUGAAUUUCCCAGCCAGGCUUGGCGUCGACAUCUUUGGGGAGGUUGGGGAAGAGAGCGUUAAGAAAAGUGCACUGGACUGGGCUGAGCAGCAGAGGAAACUUCGAAACUAG